CUUGUAUUUGCUGAUGCAGAGUCAAGAUCGAAGUGGAUUAAAAAAAAACACAAAAAAAACCACAAUGCCUCUGCACUGAGAAGGAGGCCUCAAUUCACUAGAUUCCAGUCGCAUCUGGUCCAAAACAGAUCUGGACCGGCGGUCUUAACGGAACGUCUGAGAAGCCAUGAGAAGAGUCUGGAGAAAAGGGGCCAGCAAAGACAAGGUGUUUGGUUGUGACCUUCUUGAGCACUUGAACACCUCUGGCCAGGACGUCCCUCAGGUGUUGCGGUGCUGCAGCCAGUUCAUUGAGGAGCAUGGCAUCGUGGACGGCAUCUACAGGUUGUCCGGUGUUUCAUCCAACAUCCAAAAACUCAGGAGCGAGUUCGAAAGCUACGGGACCCCCGAUCUCAGCAAGGAGGUGUACCUGCAGGACAUCCACUGUGUCAGCUCACUGUGCAAAGCGUACUUCCGGGAGCUGCCCAACCCUCUCCUCACAUACCAACUUUACGACAAGUUUGCUGAGGCUGUGGCUGUCCAGCUGGAGGAGGAGCGGCUGGUGAAAAUCCGAGAUGUCCUGCAGGAACUUCCCAAACCUCAUUACAGAACUCUGGAGUUUCUGAUGUCCCACCUCGUCAAAAUGGCGUCAUACUCGUCCGAGACCAACAUGCAUGCUAGAAACUUGGCCAUCGUCUGGGCACCCAAUCUGCUCCGGUCAAAGGACAUUGAGGUGUCCGGUUUCAAUGGUACUGCAGCCUUCAUGGAGGUCAGGGUGCAAUCCAUUGUAGUGGAGUUCAUCCUUACACACGUCCCUCAACUGUUUCCUGAGCCAGGUGUGGCACAUGUCAGGAGAAAAUCUCUUCCUUCUCCAACGGCUAUCUUCGGCCAGGAGGAAUCACUGUUCAAGGCUCAGCCUCCCGCCAACUUUGGACAUAUCAGUCCAGGGGAUGGUCCCCUUCCAAUGAGACCAUAUCAUGCUAUUAUAGAAGGCACGGACAAAAGGAAAGGCUCCUUCAAAGGAAGGAAGUGGAUGUCCAUCUUCAACAUCGGCAGUCGCUUCCAAGACCCCAAAAGACGGCAUAAACACUCGGCCAAAGAGAAGGAAAGACCAGUGUUGCGACCAGCCCGAAGCAUGGACUCCCUCAGCAUUCCGUCAUAUAGCAAUGAAGAGCCCAUACGUCCUCUACAAACAUCUCGAUCCACCAAAAUCUCCGGCUUGGAAGUUUCAGCCACACCUAGUCCAUUAAGCAGAAGUGAAUAUGCCGUGACCUACCGCAGGGGGACAGGACUUGUAAGCGGGGGCACUCAGGGCACGUACACGGCUCUUGAAGGUGAUAAGGAGGGAGGAGAUAAUGUGGGGACGAAGGACAUUGGAAGACUGGAGUUGAAAGUUGAAGAAGUAAGGAAAGCAAAGAAAGAGAACCAAGUGGUGUCAAUCAAGAAGGAAAUUGUUCUUGAUGAAGAUGCAAAUACAUUAGUUGACAAGGAAGAAGAGGAAAAGAAUGAGGUACCAGUUAAGGAAGACUGUAGAUCAGAGCCAGCAGCAGAAGAAACACAUGCAGAAAGCCUGAAUUACCAUGUUGAUGAUGAUGUUUAUCAACAAGAUCCCUACGAAGAUAUGCAAGGAGCUGCAGAAGCCAAAAGCGAGGACAAUGUUUUUGCCUCUUCUGAUAUAAACUCCACGGAUGUGCAACAGCAGGAUGACCAGGAGCUUUCAGGCUACAUUCAAGACAGCUUUGAAUUCCUAGAUCACAUGGACUGUAGCAUUUCCUGUCAGAUCCCUGUCCACUUCUUGCCGGAUUCUUCUUCUCAAAUGAACGAGUUCUCUGUUGAACCUCCCGGUUAUUCCGACGACGAGUACGAACUCAUGGAGCAACCAUUGCCUUACACCGAGGGGCCCAACACGAGCCUGAGCACCAGCCCCAGCACAAACGAUCAAAACAAGCUCAAGUCCCACCGGCCGCCCAGUGUUGAUGCGAAUGAACGGCAUGGAAAAUCCCUAAGCUUGCCUUACAUGACCUCACCUGUUUGUGAACCAGGGGAGUGUUGCACUGAUGACGGAGAUAACACGGAAGAUGACGAUGCUGUCCACUACUAUAGCAGUGAUGAAGAAAGCAGCUUGCUUGCUACAAGCCUUCCUGCGGACUUCUUUCUAAGCAGCCCAAGUGAUCUUGAGCCGGACAAUGUUCCAGCUAGUACUGCUGAAAACGUUUCCGUGGACGAGUCAUCUGAAGAAAUGGAAUUUAACCCUGAAUGCUGUACGGCCAAACAACAAAAUAAUAGCGAUAAGAGCCAGGAUGACGCAGACGUAGGCGAAAACACAAUACCACAAAACGAAGAAAGACUUAAGGACCAAGAGGACAAGAGUCUAAGGAAUGAAGAUCUCAUAAUGAAGGAAGCUGGGCCUGAACCUUUCUCCUUAGAAAUGCCAUCAAACCAAUGUCUAGACUUAGCAAUGCAAGAGCACACAGAUGAAUCAAGUGUUGACACCACUGAUGAUGUAGCAGUUAGUAACGUAAGACAGGAAGAAGAGGUCCUUCACUACUCUGUUUCUGGUUGUGCUCAGAAAGAAACAUCCGAAGCAGAGGAGCUCCUAGAUGUUUCUGAAGAGGUGACAGCAUCUGUUAAACAGGACACGGAUGAGGGAGAAGAUGGCAAAAACACAGAGGAUAUGAAUCCUGAAACUAUAGGAAAUUUGCCUAAAAAUCUCUCAAAAGAAGAGAACAAGGAACUGAGAUCAGGAAAGACGCAGGAGGAAGACUUCAUGAUAGUCUGGAAGGAGCUUGAGGAGGUCGUUUGUGAACUGAUUGAGGAAGAAGAAAGAAAGACAGUGGAGGGUGAAUACAGCGAAGAGACCAACAAGAUAGAGACAAUUCCAGGACAGAAGACUGAGGUGAAGGAGAUGAACUCUACAGAGAGAUUUGACCAAGUAGCUGAGGUUGUAAAAAUGUUGGUGCCCGAAGCACCAACUUGUGUGGAAGUGGAAGUGACCCCAAGUCUUGAAGAUACACCUCUGAAAAAGGUCAGGUCUGACGAAUCAGAGUCUAGAGAAGGUGUGAGUCUUGACGAGAAAGGUCCAGAGAGAUGUGAACAAGAAGGUACUGUUCGGGAAAAGCUUGUGCCUGAAGAAGACAAACCCUUUCGCAAGGAAAUGUCCGUGACACCAACUCUUCGAGAUAGAUCCCUGAAAGAGGUCAGGUCUGACAUUCAAGAUUCUGGAGAAGCCAUGAGGGUUGAGGAGCAAGAACUAGAAAGGUGUGAACUAGAUGUUACUGUUAAGGAAAGAUUUGUGUCUAUAGAAGUGAAACCUAUUAGUGAGGAACUGACAGUGACACCAAGUCUUAUAGAUACACCCCUGAAACUUCUCAGGCCUAUUGUUUCGGGGGCUGGAGAAGCUGUGACGUUUGAGGAGCAAGGACCAGAGAAGUGCGAACCAGAAGCUACUGUUCAGGAGAAUUUGUUGACUGAAGAUGAAAAACCUGUUGGUGAAGAAGUGACAGCAAAGUCAAGCCUUAGAGAUAUACCACUGAGAGAGAUCAGGUCUGACAUCCCACUGUCCGGAGAAGACAGGAAGCUUGAUGAACAAGUUCCAGACAGAUGUGAACAAGAUGUUCCUGUCAAGGAAAAUUUGGUGCCUGAAGAAGACAAACCAAUUUGUGAGGAAGUGAUAGUGACGCCAAGUCUUAGAGAUAUACCCCUGAAAGAGGUCAGGGCGGAAGUUCCAGAGAUUGGAGAAGCCAUGAGCAUUGAGGAGCAAGGACCAGAGAAGUGUGAAUCAGAUUUUAUUAUUAAGAAAACGUUUGUGCGUGAAGAAGAAAAGCCCAUUUGUGAGGAAGUGACAGUUACACCGAGUUUUAGAGAUGCAACCCUGAAAGUUGUCAGUUCUGAUGUUGCGCGGUCCGGAUUUGCUGUGAAGGUUGAGGAGCAAGGAUCAGAGAGGUGUGACCCGGAAGUUACUCUUCAGGAGAAUUUGGAGACUGAAAAUGACAAACCCAUUUGUGGGGAACUGACAGUGUCACUAAGUAUUGGCGAUGAACCCCUGAAAGAGGAUUUUCCCAAGUUUGAAGAAGCUGCAAGGACUGAGGAGCAAGAACCAAAGUGGUGUGAACCAGAAUUUACUGUUGAGGAAAAGUUGGUACGUGAAGAAAACAAACUCAUUUGUGAGGAAGUGACAGUGACACCAAGUCGUGGAGACACACCCCUUAAAUAUGUUGCGGAGUCCCAAGAAAAUGUAAAGUUUGAAGAGCAAGGACUAAAGUUACCCAAAGAAGAAUGUACCCUAAGCGAAAAGUUGGUACCCAUCGAGAACAAACCCAAUUGUGAAGAAGUGAUAGUGACACCAAGUCUUCGAGAUACACCCCAGAAAGAUGUCAGAUCUGAUAUUCUGGAGUACAGAGAAGGUAUGAGGUUUGAGGAUCGAGGAGUAGGAAGGAAGCUGGUUAUCUCAAAAUUGCCCAACGUUUACCAAGUGAAAGCGGUACCAAUUGUCCCACCCAAGCCCCAACACUGUAAAUUGGUUGCCCGGAGUCUUCGACAACAGCAACAACAGCGAGAGAGGAGGGAUGCCGACACGCCAGAUGAUGUCGGUGCCACCUGCGGCAAGGACUCGCCCCGAAACAGCCCGCUCAGCAUGUGCUUCGACGAGGCUGUCGCUAUAGCUACUUUGAGGCGAGAAAAGGAGCGUGAAAGCGAGCGGGAACGGCAACGGGACAAGGGGGUUGAAUUCCAAUGACAUUUCAAAGUUGCAUUAUUCACAAAAGUUUUGGAUAUUGGCGUUUCGAGUGAAUUUUAGGAUGGACAAAUCAUGCACUUUGUACAACGUUUUUGAAUGCCCAUUCUAACUAUUCUUUAUACUGUUCUCUAACACAGAGCUAAAUGGCAAAAUUCAGCCCGAGUACAGUUUUACACAAACCUCAUGCUGGGAAUAAAACAUGAAAUCCCAAUCAUAAUUCAAACAGGAUAUGUACUUUUCCAGUACAUGUUAAAUAUAUCUUAAACUUACACCUUCGAGCAUCUAUAUUGGAAUCAUUCUGUGCAGUGUAUUUCUAUGGAAUACCCAUAGGCGGAGUUUGACUUUUGAGACAGGAGGGGCACAACAUGUUGAUGACCCCAAAACGCAGUGUCAACAAUAAAAUUAACUAACAAGAAUAUUUAUAAUAAUAAGAUUAUUUUAUUAUUGAUUAUGUUUACCAUCAUUCUUGAGGGGAAUUUUAAAUCAGGCUGCCUAGGACAGCUAUACUUUUCGCCAAGAUCAUCAUCCAUUGAAUAUGGUACGCCCGCCAGUGUCGUGCCAAUGUAGUUACCCUCGUCAAAUAUUGUAUGCCCUGGGCGGACCCGCUGUGCAGCACUGAUUUGCUUGAUUUCCAUGUUUUGAUGAUGUAGUUAUCUACGAGGUUUUAAAACAUGGCCCAUCCAUCUGUCGUAUAACGUAACAUACGUACUGAACGUAAAAAAAGGCAAAGUUUCACUCUUUUACUCGUAGAGUGACCUAUAACUGUUAUUACUGUAAUUCAAGUCCUGUAUGGAGUUUCUCCAGUUUAAUAAACGUUGAUGUCCAAAAUUUAUAACUGUGGUUCUUUUCUGGCUUCAAAUGACUUUUUUAAGUCGACAUAACUCAUAACUAAUAUGUGUGUGCGCUCCGGCGGACAGGGGACAGAAUUUUUGACGGGGGUAACUACAUUGGCAAGUCACUGGUGGUGGCUCUGUUGUAAAAUUAGCGUCUUUAGUGGGGCAAAUUGAAAGUCCGCUCACCAUUUCGAUGGUGGUCCCUAGCGUUUGAUGGUCCACAUUUUCAAUCCUUGGUUCUUGCUCAGUAGUUGUUGUCGCUUUUGAAAGUUUAGGUUUUAAAAAAUUCCGUAUAUCCAUCUUGCCUCUUUGGUCCUCAGGUGGUUUUGGCUAAGCAAAGCAAAUCACCGUCUAAGGUGCUUUUUUUUCUUCAUUUCAUUCAUUUUUGUUGUUUGUUUUACUGUUUUACAAGUUUUAUAGACAACAUUUUACCAGAAAAUUCUAAAUUUUAAAAUCAUACACAGUAUAGGAAAGUCAAUUACAUGCAAUGACAUUUUUCGGCCACCAGGGGGCCUGGCCCCCUUGCCCCCCCCACCCCUUAAA